AUGGGGUUGCAUCCACCUCCCCCCUCCUCUCCCUUGUACGUCCGAGAGUUAAUCAUUAGAGGGUAUCAAGACCAUUCUGGAUUUUGUAGCAACAUUUGUGAAGUUGAGCCGGUCAUUCAAGUAGGUCAUGAAGGCGUGGUCCAUCACAUGUUGUUGUACGAGUGCAACGAUACUUUCCCAGAUCACCAUCUGAAUUAUACCGGUCACUGUUAUACUCGUAAUAUGCCUCCAGCGAUCGCAGAGUGUACAGGAGGAUCAGCUAUGGCCGCUUGGGCCAUUGGUGGAAAAGAAUUCUAUUUCCCCGAGAAAGCUGGAUUUCCACUCGGAAGGGCUGACAGUCCAAAGGUUGUUAUAUUGGAGAUACAUUACGACAAUCCUGAGGAGAAGGAAGGACUGAUUGACAGUUCUGGUAUGAGAAUUUACUACACCAAACAAUUGAGGAAAUACGACGCAGGAAUUCUUCAAGUCGGGGCAGGUGUUGACUAUACCAUGCUUAUCCCGCCAAGACAGAGAAACUGGCAAACCAAUGGCUUCUGUACUAAGGACUGUUCAAUGAAGGCUUUUAAAGACACGAAGCUACCUAACGGAGGGAUCAAUAUCUUCGCUGCGGUUUUGCAUACGCAUCUGGCAGGCCGAAAAACCUGGCUUCGUCACGUUAGAGAUGGUGUGGAACUUCCUGAAAUAGUCAGAGAUGACCAUUAUGACUUCAACUUUCAGGAAUAUCACUUACUGAGGAACGAGGUUCACGUAAAGCCGGGUGAUACAAUAAUAAAUGUCUGUAUCUAUAAUACGGAGGAUCGAGAAACAGCGACAGUGGGAGCUCUUGCAACGACUGAUGAGAUGUGCCUGUCAUUCAUCCUGUAUUAUCCCAAAGUCAACGUAACAGACUGUAGGUCGAGAGAAAAACCAGCCUAUAAUGCCUGGUUUAAAAAAUAUUACAAGUAAGUUUCUUUACAGUGUUGCUUCAGUGAAAAUGCAAGUAAUGGCUACAACGCAUGUUUAUCCCGGCCGCCCCUUCGUCCAAAUAUUUCUUCCAUCAAUGGUUUGCAACAACACAGCAAACCUUACUCACUCAUACAUUUAUAGGUUUACCAAAAAAAAGUAAAUAUAUAAAUAAAAGGACAGAAAAAUAAUGUACAUUUGAGUCUGGAGACUGAAGUAACCUGAAAAUUUUGUAGCCAGUCUCCAGUUAUUGUAGGGUUUCUGUAGAUAUUGAGAGAAUACAUAUACGGAAUGCUUAAGGUAAGCCGAUAUGUACUUGGUACAAUAGAAUGGAGAAAAUCAAUACAAGUUUUCAAAAUGUUGUUCAAACAGUAAAGAAAAUUUUAGUUGUUUAGAGAAGUUAAAGGCAUUGAGAUCUUUAAGGCCUAGGGCAAACGUCGAAUCCAGGUCGUGUCGAGUAAAUUAAUAAUAGGUGCGACAAAGAGUCGACUUAACUCCAGCGUGGUAGCAAACGUCAAACCUGCGUCGAUCCUACUUCACAAGUUGCACUUCAUUAAAACACGGGAAUAAGCACGUGUCCCCGUGCUAUUCACUCGAUGCGCGACUAGUUAUACUGUUAGGACUUGCUAGCGAAUAUGUCGAUACUCGUCUCUUCAGACAACGGNUG